UUUUUACUUUUCUAGUCGCGUCAUAAGCGUUGCUUAGGUAACACGUAUCGUGGCGUUCUUCGACUUUCAGUUCGUUUUCCAGCGCACAAUCACGGUUUUUCUCAAUUUCCCGCAUACACACACCGUAUAUGGAUAGUUUAGUGUUUAUAGAAACCCUUCGGAACGCCGAACAUAGUGUUGCCAUCGCGAAAAAUAGUGAUUUUUUCCCAGUAGUGUAAAAAGCCAGAGGACUUGGCGCGUGGCUCGAUUGUAUUGUUGGUUGCCUGAAUCGCAUUUAUCAUGAGUACGAGUGUUUACAGUUCGGCAAGACCCUUGCUCACGAGCAAUAAUCAGGAAAUAAAGAGAUUUAUCCUGCCCAAAGAACAAAAAGUGAGCAGGAGAUUGUUUGGACCGGUCGACCCUCAAGCGACAAAAAAAUUCAUUGACGAGGAGAUGAAAAAAAUGAUCGUAAUCAAGUCAGAGUUGUGGAACUUUGAUUUUAAACAGGAGAGGAAUUUGGAUCCGAAUGGUUUGUACGAUUGGAGGCCUGUAACGCCCAAAAAGCAGAUCAGACCGAUCAAGAGGAGGAACGGUUCGGAUUUGGAUAAUUCUGAUCAGUACUGUCACAUACCUGAGUUCGAGGUGAUCAAACCAAGACCUGUGAGGUUUGGAUCUUCUCCAAGCAGUGUGAGGAAUGCACAACAAAGCAGAAUAACAGAUUACAUGAAAGCAAUAAAAAGACCAGCACCCUCUGCAGACAUCUCAAAAAAGCAACCCUCAUCAGAGUGGAACAUACCCCACAAAAUACCCCGUCUGGACCUUGCAAGUUAAAACUUGAUUUUGGAGACAUCGCAUUCAAGUCAAAAGCAACAAAUAUAUCCGUAAAAUAUUUCUAAAACUAUCCAAAUUUUAUCUAAAACGAUCUUAAGUCUGUAAGUGCCUUAUAUUACAUAACAAGAGAUAUAAAUAUGAUUGAUUGAUUAUAUUUUUUAGUAAUUACAUAUAUUUUUAUGUACCUAGUAAAAUUAUGAAAUAUUUUACUAGCGAAUUUGUUGCUUUUGAUCAUCUAUUUUUACCUACUUCCACUUGGAUACAAAUUAUAUAUGAUCUCCUAAAAAAAUAUUUUAUUAUUAUUUUUUAAAGUAGAGUACAAUUUAAGUUUUUUUUUGUUCAAAGAAAUCUAAUAUAAACGAAAUAGACCCGAACCAUAGAGCGUAUCAAUAAUUAUAAUUUUAAAUGGCGUUCGGGUCUAUAAACUUAACCUUAGGUUACUAUAUCUACUGUACUAUAAUUUUUUGUUGGUCUUUUGGACUUUUAAGUAUAUUUAUUUUUCAUGUGAUCUCCUAAUGAUGAUGAAGAUGACGAAGAGAAAUCUUUGUUGAUGUUUAUUUUUUUUGUGUCUUUUGCUUAGCGAGUUACCCUCAUUAACUACCCCUUUUUCUGUAUAACUCAUUUUUUUGGAGGCUUUUUGAGAGAAAAAAUGGUAAAUUUUACCUUUUAAAAUAUUCUCUAUUUGUUGUAAACUUUUGGACUACACUGUAUACAGUAAUAUCAUAUUUAAGGUCGUGAUUUUUGAGACUAUUCUAAGAAAAAACUUGAAUAUAAGUUUUUUUGGAAAAUAAUGCAUAUUUUAAGCGAAGUCAGUGGCGUAACAUUGUUUAUACAGGACAUACAUUCAAAUGAAGAUUUUUCUGUUAGAAGAAUGUCCAAGAAUCACACCUUUAAAUAUUAACAUGUCACGCAUGCUAAGGAACACUCUGUAUAAUAAAAAAAAAUUAUUUCAAUUUUAACAUUGCUACUUGUGUUAAAAAUUUAAGAAACAAAAAUUUAUUUUUUCCUUGGUUUUGGUAGCACUAUAUACAGGGUGUUUUAAAGUCGACUCUCACAAUUUGAGGCCUUGGAAACGCUAAUAUAUACUGAGUGGCUCAAAUAGGGGACUAUGAUGAACUUAUCUUUGUCAUUUCUGCAAAAUAUCAAAAAUUGAAGCACCCGGUAUGUUCCUUUUUUUUUCAAAAAGUCUUCUACAAAUUCUUGCGAUUUUGUGUUAGUUAAAUUUUAGUUAAUAAAUACCUAUUUUCAGUUAGUAUUAUUAGCUAAAAUCCUGAACAACGCAGAGUCAUCAAAAUAUCUCAUCACAAUACAGUACCUUACAGAUUUGUACAUAUAUUAAGUUUUAACCAACCCUGUACAAUGAACUUUGUAUAUUUUCAACACACAGUAUUCUAGUUUUUUAGUAAAUUUUAUAUAUCCUGGUAGAAAUUUUAUCGAUGAUCAUAUGUAGUUUUUUUUCAGCGUUUUGUACAUAUAUAAACCAAAAAUAUGUAUGUAUACAGGGUUCAGUCAAAAAGUUUUUUUUCUUUUUUGAAAUUGAUUAGUAUAGAAUGAUGUGCAAUGACGGUAUGAGUGUAUGUGUAUAUAUAAUAUAUAGGGAAAAACCAAAAUACCUAACCAAGAGUUUUUAAAAAAAGAUAUUUUGAUGAUGGUCGUGUAAAUUAGUUUUAUGUUCGUUUUUUUUUCUAAAGAUAAUAUAAAGAUACAUAAAAUGGUGGAAGAUUCGAAGUUAAUAUUAUAUAAAUAUUAUUAUUUUUAAAAAACUUCAAAUUAAUAUUAAUAAUAAUUAUAGAUAUCAUCUACCUUUUUACCUGACAUUGUUCUUUUUAUUUUAAAAACUUUAUUUUGUAGCCCAAAGAAAUUAAGUACAAAUUAUAAAUUUUUUGCAGAAUCCUUUUUAUAUACGGGGUGGUACGCAAAUGAUGGAGCUUUCUAUAGGUGGGUUCAAAUAAUCAGUGAGAUAAAAUAAAAAAUAAGCAAUAUUUUAUUAUUUUUAAAUUUUUAUAGAUUAAAAAAAACAUGUUUCAGUAAUUUUUAGGAUACUAAACUCAUUGUAAGUGGUUAUAGAAGUUUUUUUUUGUAUUUUUAUUACAAAUUUAAUGUUAUUAUUUUUUUUUUGAUGUUUGAACCCACUUUGUUGGAUUUUUAAGCUAUCCAAGGUUAGGAGAGCCCAUUUUUUUGACCGCCCUGUAUUUUUGGCAGCUUUUUGCGCCAUUUUGUCUGAAUUUUGGAUCGGUGAAUUGAAUUUUUGAAUAUUCGUGGGGCUAAUAUAGUAUCGUAGGGAUUAAAGCCAUUGCUAAUGGAAACAGGAGACAUUUUUUGUAUUUUUUUUUCAUUUUUAUAUAAAAAACCUUAAUUAACUAAUUUUUUACUGAUAAUGCAGUAUAUUAAGUAUACUCUCCUGUUUUCUAUUAGUUUUCUAUUAAUUAUAAAUUCGUAAAUAGAGGAAAAAAUAUGGAAGUUUGGUACGUAGGCAGACAUAUUGAGCGUAACAUUGUUGCAGAUCUCACUAUUCUGCACAAUACCGUAUGAUCCGAGAGAGAAAAAAACGAUGUCAUAGUAACCUUUGAAAUUUUUAUAAGGCUACUAUGACACCGUUUUUUUUCCUCUCGAUCGUAUGGUUAAUUUUUUCAGAUCGAUGCUCGUGGCGAUUUUGAGACCGUUUUGUAAUAAUAUAAAAAUACAAUAAAAACAAAUAUAUAUAUUUAACGUAACAUCUGUGAUGGUUUACGAUUAAUGAUCUCAAAAUAAGAAAGAAAUAAUAUAUAUUUUGUGGGAUAGGUUUUUGUUGGUUUCGAUUCUUUUUGAAACACCCUGUAUACUUUAAACGUUAUUAACAAUUAUUUAUUGUUACAAAAAUAAAAUUACACAGUUUGACCAUUAUAAAUUUUGAAAGAAUAUUUUGGUUAAAUUGUAUAGUAAUAUUCUUUAUAAUUAAUUUUUGUAUACAGGGUGUGACGGAAAAGAUGUGGUUACAAGUUAUUGUGAGGGUGGUUUGUGCCAAUAAAAAGUUAUUCCGUUUUUUUUAAAUAAAACAGAAAAUAAAUAAGAAUUAAUAUUUAGAUUUAAUUAAAAUUAAAUGUAAAUUUGUUGUAAAAAUAAUAUUAUAUAGUAUAUGUGAAGCUAAUUAAUACAGCCUCAUUUUGUUAUUGUAAA